AAGUUGUUGAAUUCAAGAUUCAAUCAGAAAGAAAUAAAUUAAUCUUCUUUAGUGAUAAGAGAGAAGUGACUGGUUACUAUGCCCUGUGUUGUUCCAAUGUGUUUUCGCCCAAAUGGGACAAUGGUUACGUUUCCCACAGACGUUUGGCUUGCGGAAAGGUGGUGUAAAGCGAUUCAGCUCGGAACCGGAGAAGACAUUCGAUUCGAGGAACAGGAACAAUCGCUGGUUUGCGAAGAGCACUUUCCAGUGCAAGAAUUAUUCACCGAGGGAAAUUACGAAGAACCGACCAGAUUUGUAACAAGAAAUGGCACCGUGGAGGAGAUCGCCAGCUGUCGGUUUUGCUUGGAUUUUUAUAGGAAAGAAGACAUGUUAUCACCAAUCAGUGCUUUAGGUGAAAAUAGGAUUGACGUAUUGGCUAGCGAGUUGUUUAAUACGUGCCUUCAAGCUAACGAUCUAUUUCAACUGAUUUGUCAAAGUUGUGUCGCUCGGAUAGACAUUGUGAAAUCAAUUCAAGCGGCCUUUACUAAUUCAGAGCUCACUUACCAGAAGCUGGUUGAGAGUACUCCAGGCCAGGUCUUUCGAAUAAAGGAAGAGUUAGAUAUUUGUGCCGACAUGGACGAAGGAAUGAGCUAUACCGAAGAAGUCGAUAGUGAAGGUGAUGAUAUACAAACUGAAACGUACCAAGCAACCCAGGAAAUACAAAUCGAAAAAGUAGAUUCUUUAGAAGAUGCUAAAGAAGUAUUAAAAAAGAAAUGUUAUAUUUGUCUGGAGAUAUUUCAGAACUCCAGUGAGCUAUUUCAACAUCUUACCGAAUACCACAUUUCCGCUUCGGGUUAUCACUGUCAGGAAUGUUCGAAAGAUAUUACAUCGCUGGCAGCAUAUAAUAGACAUCUUGGCGGGCAUGACAAAUCGGAACGGCCGAUAAAGUGCCGUUUCUGUCCAAUGCGAUAUCCAACGGCCGAAUCAGCGAGAGCCCAUGUACGUCAUAGUCACGGCAAAAAUCCAAAAAGGAAGCAAAAAAGAUCAACGGUUAAAAGCGUGGUAUGUGAUCAGUGUGGUAAAUUUUUCCAUCCCCAUGCCAUCAAAAGCCACGUUCGUCAAAUGCACGAGAAGGUUUCCCAUAAAUGUCACCUUUGCGAACGCACCUUCACGACUGGAGCUACUUUGGCGCGUCACAUGCUUUUGCAUAGCAAUAGCAAACCGUACGAGUGUGACCAAUGUGACAAAAGCUAUCGUCGUCCACUUGAUCUUCGGCAUCAUAAGAGCUUAGUGCACGAUGGCAUUAAUCCGCACGUUUGUACUGAAUGCAACGAAGAAUUCAAAAGCUAUAUGAAUCUCUAUAACCACCGACAAGUCGUUCAUCUGAAAAAGACUAUCAAAAGGUUCAAAACGGAAGGAAGUUACGGCCAGUAUAGAGCCUGUCGGCUCUGUAAGGUGCAAUUCCGGAGAGACAAGGACCUAAUCGCUCACGUGCGGGAACAACACAGCACAGAAGAAUAUCCAAUGUGUGUCUGUUCAGAAUGUCCGAGAUCCUUCAUCGCUCCGUCUCAGCUGUCGAUACAUAAAAGCAUUCACACGGACAAGUAUGCAUGCCCCGAAUGCGGCCAACGGCAUAUUGACAGAGGCACCCUGCAGUUCCACAUGGAUCGAAAGCAUUCGGACGGUCAGAUUUACGAAUGCCCCGAAUGCGAUCAAAGCUUCAACAGCCGGUUUAAUCUGUACCGGCACAGCAUUCUACAUACCAAAGGCAAACGGUUCCAGUGCGAUUUUUGUCCGAAGACAUUUUUAACGACCAAUCAGUUGAAAACCCACAGACGGACGCACACCGGAGAGAAACCAUUCCAAUGCGGCAUAUGCAAUACCCGGUUCGGAGACGACGGAACGUUUAGCAAGCAUAAAAAGCGCUGCCAGGCCUCGGUCAUCAAGCAGGAAAAAGCAAUUGCGUGUGUGAUUGAAAAAUGUUGAUUCGAUAUUUUAUGUUUCAUUUUGAA